CCUGUACUGUGUCCGCAGUCUCUGGUCAUCUCCUGUACUAUGUCUGCAGUCUCUGGUCAUCUCCUGUACUAUGUCCGCAGUCUCUGGUCAUCCCCUGGACUGUGUCCGCAGUCUCUGGUCAUCUCCUGUACUGUGUCCGCAGUCUCUGGUCAUCUCCUGUACUGUGUCCGCAGUCUCUGGUCAUCUCCUGUACUAUGUCCGCAGUCUCUGGUCAUUCCCUGUACUAUGUCCGCAGUCUCUGGUCAUCUCCUGUACUGUGUCUGCAGUCUCUGUCAUCUUCUGUACUGUGUCCGCAGUCUCUGGUCAUCUCCUGUACUGUGUCCGCAGUCUCUGGUCAUCUCCUGUACUGUGUCCGCAGUCUCUGGUCAUCUCCUGUCCUAUGUCCGCAGUCUCUGGUCAUCUCCUGUCCUAUGUCCGCAGUCUCUGGUCAUCUCCUGUACUAUGUCCGCAGUCUCUGGUUAUCUC